AUGGACUUCGUACGCCCCUUCACGUCCCAGCUCGCGAGCGCCACGCGGAUGCAGAUCCGUCUGGUUCAAACUCCACGAACCGCGUUACGAGCACAGAAACUCGCUGGCCAGAGGAGAUCGUUCAGGACCAGCGCAGUCUCAUGGCGCGAGGCAUCUGGACGUCCUCCAGCUAAAGUGCGCGGAAAGUCGAAGGUCUACGCUUCGGCCGAUGAGGCGGUCGCGGAUAUCAAGUCUGGAUCGACACUUCUUUCAGCGGGCUUCGGUCUGUGUGGCACAGCAGAGACCAUCAUCGCAGCUCUUGUGCGACGAGGGCCAGACAGCCUGCAUUCAUUGACUGCGGUAUCCAACAAUGCCGGGACCGCGAUUGGUGGUGGUCUUUCGCCAUUGAUUGAAUCCGGCCAGAUCACUCGUGCUAUCUGCAGUUUUCUGGGUAACAACAAGAAGCUGGAGAAGAAGUACCUUAACGGUGAAGUCGCAAUCGAGCUCACUCCACAAGGAACCAUCGCCGAGAAGCUGCGAUGUGGAGGAGCGGGUAUUCCUGCCUUCUUCACACCAACUGGUGUCAACACUUUCAUCCAGACUGGGCAGAUCCCUGCGAGGCUGAAGGGCGGCGAAACGAUUGAAGAUGGCAAAGCCCGCGAAACUCGCAUCUUCGACGGCCGUGUCUACAACAUGGAGACGGCCAUCAAGGGCGACGUGGCUAUCCUUCGAGCGCACAAAGUCGACAAGGCCGGCAACGUCCAGUUCCGGUACACGACCAAAUCAUUCGGACCCCUCAUGGCCAAGGCCGCAGCAGUCUCCAUUGUAGAAGCCGAACACAUUGUAGAAGUCGGCGAGCUCUCACCAGAUCAGAUCGACCUCCCCGGCAUCUUCAUCGACCGCAUCGUGCAAGCCACCGAGGAGAAAAUCAUCGAAGUCAAAACCCUCCGCCAAGACACCGACAUCGAAGCCGAAGGGCAGAAAUCAGACGCUCUACGACGACGGAACCUGAUCGCCAAGCGAGCCGCAAAGGAACUCAAGCCCGGCUUCUACGUCAACCUCGGGGUCGGGAUGCCUACAUUGGCACCUUCAUUCCUACCACCAAAUUCCAACGUCUGGAUCCAAUCUGAGAACGGGAUUCUGGGUAUGGGUCCCUACCCGACUGAAGGCGAGCUUGAUGCCGACAUCAUCAACGCCGGCAAGGAGACCGUCACGCUCGUCAAGGGCGCCAGCGUCUUUGACAGCAGCGAAUCGUUUGGCAUGAUCCGUGGUGGACACGUCGACGUCAGUAUGCUUGGUGCUCUGCAAGUUGGCGCAAACGGCGAUCUGGCCAACUACAUGAUCCCCGGCAAGGUUUUCAAGGGGAUGGGAGGUGCUAUGGAUCUUGUGUCGAACCCGGAUCAGACGAAGAUUGUGGUCUUGACGGACCAUGUGGACAAGUAUGGUGCGCCGAAGAUUGUGCAGCAUUGUACUCUGCCUCUGACUGGAGCGAGGUGUGUUAGUACGAUUAUUACGGAUCUGGCUGUCUUUGAUGUGGAUCGUAAGAAGGGAGGGCUGACUUUGGUCGAGACGGCACCGGGUAUUGGUGUGGAUGAGAUCAAGCAGAAGACUGGUGCGAAGUUCGAGGUGAAGGAGCCUUUAGGUGUAAUGGAAUAG